CGUUUUGCCACCUUGAGCUAUAUAUGAUGAAGAUUUGCACUCCUCGACUAUCUUCAACAAAGUAAUCUUUGGAUCAACAUGCUCUUUCUCUCUACAAUCACCUUCAUCCUCUUCUUCUUCUUCUUCUUAACUGUUUGCCAUCGGAAACCCACUCAGAAAUCUCCUCCAUCUCCUCCGAGGCUUCCUAUUAUCGGUAACCUCCAUCAACUAGGCUCUCCACCUCAUCGCUCGUUGCAAGCGCUGUCAAACAGGUAUGGCUCAAUAAUGCUCCUACGCAUCGGUUGUGUUCCGACGAUCAUAGUUUCUUCAGAAGAGAUGGCUCGUGAGGUGAUGAAAAAGAAUGACCUUGGCGUCGCUAGUAGGCCUAAAUCCAGCAUGGCCAAGAUGCUCAUGUAUGAUCGUGACAUCGCGUUCGCGCCGUAUGGUGAGUAUUGGAGGCAAGUGAGAAAAAUAACUGCCAUACAUCUACUAAGCUUCAAGAUGGUACAGUCUUUUUGCUCUAUAAGGGAAGAAGAGGUCUCCAUCAUGAUUGAAAAAAUCCGUGCAUCCCAACAUGGUUUGGUGGAUUUGAGCGAGUUGUUCGUGUCACUUACUAGUGAUAUAAUAUGUAGAGUUGCUCUACGGAGGAAAUACAGUGAAGGGGUUGGAGCGAAGAAAGUGCACGAUAUGUUGGGUGAAUUUGGUGAUCUGCUUGGAUCAUUUCCUAUUAGAGAUUUCAUACCUUGGCUUGGUUGGGUGGAUAAUUUAACUGGUUUGAAUUCAAGGGCAAGAAAGAAUUCUAAAGAGUUGGAUAGUUUUCUUGAAGAGGUGUUGCAAGAGCAUCUUCAAGCGAGGAGGGAUGCAAACGGUAACUAUAAGGAAGAUGGAGACUUCGUAGAUAUUUUGCUCUCGCUGGAUGAGAAAGAUGAAAGAAUUGGUGUUUCCCUCGAGAAAGAUGAAAAGGUUGGCGUUUCCCUUUCCCUUGGUAGAGACAGCAUCAAGGCAAUUAUUUUGGAUAUGUUUGCUGCUGGAACAGACACUACAUACACAACCUUACUAUGGACAAUGGCCGAGCUCAUGAGAAAUCCAAAAGUAAUGAAGAAAGCACAAGUAGAAGUGCGCUCAAUCGUCGGUCACAGCCAAAAGCACAUCUCCGACAAAGAAAUCGACAGAAUGCCAUACUUGAAAGCCAUAAUCAAAGAAUCGCUGAGAUUAAACACUCCGGUCCCUCUACUAGUUCCCCGAGAAACAACGCAAGACAUAGAAUUACUAUCCUUUCACAUUCCAAAGGGAACGAGGGUCAUCGUUAAUGCAUGGGCGAUUGCAAGAGAUCCGAGGUCAUGGGAAAACCCCGCAGAGUUCAUGCCAGAGAGGUUUUUGGACAGUGAGGUCGAUUUCAGAGGCCAGGAUUUCAGGUUUAUUCCUUUUGGUGCGGGGAGAAGAAGUUGUCCUGGUGCCGGAUUUGCUGUUCCCACUGUUGAGCUUGCACUCGCUAGUUUACUGCAUCAUUUUGAUUGGGAGAUGCCUAAAGGGAUGGAGGCUGAAGUGCUGGAUAUGACUGAAUCACCUGGAAUAAGUUUGCACAAGAAAACAGGCCUGGUUCUUGUUGCAAAGCCUUGCAUUGUUUAGUUAUUGAAAGAAGUUAAUGGCGAACAAACCCCAGUAGUUCUACUGUUGCAGGUAGAUCCUAUGAGCAAACUUUUUGACCCUUUGCCCUCAUUGAAAGAUAUAAUUGUUUUUUGGAUAAAUAUAUCUCUUGAGAUGAAAGUGUCAAAAAAUAUUCACUCAUGGGUCAAUCUGUAACAAAAGAAUCACAAGUUCUGUUGCAACUGGGUGAUAGUAUUACUAUGGAAUUGUAUGACCCUAUAGAAGAUUACAUGCUUUACUAUGGAAUUGUAUGACCGGUAAUUUGAACA